CGGCAAAGAAGUCCUUCACACCUUAACACAUAUUUCAUACUAGCCUACACCUGCGGCCCGUGUGUCACGGUAACAGCUCACCUGGGAUAUACCAGUCCGCUGAGGUGCGAAGAGACCUUCUCUCAACAUGAUAAUCAAGCCUUCUAGCCUGUAACUGCGCAAUUGCACUGACCUCUCGUCUGCCCAGGAAGACGUCUGUCAGGGGAAGCAGGAGGUCCAGGGAGAGGCUUGUCGUGUCCAUAGAGAGGCUUGAGAGGGGUUUGUUGUAUCCAGGGUGUGGCUCCACGUCUUGUCCAGGGGAGAAGACAAAGUAUACCUGAGGCUACCGGCGUAUUCAAGAAGAGCACGGACCUUAGUUCCAGGGAGAAUUGUAUCUGAAAGGACAACAUGUGUCAUCAGGAAGAUUUUAAUUAAAAACGAUUAAUCUGUGGGUGUAAUAACCAGGCAGGAUUUGAGUUCAGGAAGACAUUAGCCACAGGAUCUUUUAGUUCCUGGAUUUUAUACUCCCUAGGCUUUGACAGUUUUUAAAAGUCCUCCCAAAGUUCUGUCGCCAAUUCCAAGAAAGGGAUUAAGUGUUUCCAAGGUCAUCUUUAUUUAUAUUUUCAAGAGAACAUUUGUCGCUUUUACCAGGAAGACAUUUAUCAGGUGUUCCAAGAAAAUAUAGGUCAGGACUGUGUAAAAUAUUAUUAAACUUUGUUAAGGAAAGAGUUCAAAACAGAGAAAGAGAGGGGAAGAGAACUGUCGUCUGUUAACAAAAUGGCAAGAUUAGUCACGUUAAUUUUAUUGUGCACUGUGCAAGGAGCAGUUUCCUAUAAUGCUCGACAUAUGCACUACCAGAUGCGGCCUCGAUUCGCGGCACGUCCGAUGGCAGUGCAGUCAGCACCAAUCAACCGCAUGGGACCUCCCCCUCGCCGUCAGUACUACUAUUACCCACCUGGGGUCAAAUACGCAAAUUCCAUGCCGCUCAGUAACAAACAGAUCAAGCGCGGUUACCCUGUCAACCAGAACACGUGGCACAACCAACGAGGAACAAACAAUAAGGUGCACGUCAUACAGCAUCCUGUUAGGAGAGAUCCUCGGCUUCAAGUCAAGAGACCAACAGGUUUCAGGACAAGAGGUCCAGUCGCCCAGGUCGUAAAUAACAAUCUUGGGGUUCACCAGCAACGUGUAUUAGUAGGUCCAAACAGAAAACAGUUUAGCAACCAGCAACCCUGGGUUAGACAGAGACAGACAGUACACAAACUACCGAAUGGUAGAUUUCUAGUUCAGAAAGGACACCAUAACAAACAGUUCGUUUCAAGGAACUUCAACUUGCGCCAUCAAGCUGUGCGGCAGAGGCAACAGCAAUUUUCUGUUCUGGGCAAAAGAUUUGGAUUGAAUAGUGGAGGCAAACACCAGCAGCUAGUCCAUCAGCAGCAAAUACACCAUGCUCGGCAGAACAACAGACCGCAGGUUAAUGUGCAUAGUCAGACAGGACAACAGAGAGGACAGCAACAGUUGUUGUUUCAGCAGCAGCAACAACAACAAUUGGCACAGGGUUUGGGUCUUCAACAACCACGGCAUCAACAGCAGAAGCACCAGCAACAACAACUGGCUCAGGGAUUAGGCCUUCAACAACCACACCAGCAACUGCACCAGCACCACCAACAACGACAACAAUUAGCACAGGGAUUAGGAGGUCUUCAACAUCGUGAUAAAGCACACCAGCAUCAGAAGUUCAAACAGCAACUUCAGCUUCAGCAAGCAGCACGAUUGCAUAACCUGAAACAUCCCAAUACUCUCGUAAAGCCGAUUUCUGGAUCACGAGAUACUACUAAGAUUCCCAGGAUACGAAUCACGCCAGCGAAGCUGUCGUCCACUUCAAAGUCUACAAGCAGACCCACGUUGAGAUAUCCAGACAAGACGUUUGCACAUGAGAAUCAAAAUGGCGUCAAUGUCAUCAUUCCCAGGAAAGAUACGGACGUGCACCCCGUUACCUCUGUGACGCGGAUCAAGACAAAUGUCUUGUCGAAGUAUGACCCUGAAAUGAAACCCGGUAUAUUGGCGUCAGGCAUUGUCAAGACUGUGAAGUUCAUCAGGGGACCUCAGCACGGAGUAAUAAAAAGCGCCUGGGCCUACCACAAAGAUUUAGAACACAUUGGUCCCGAGGAGUGGUCUAGGAUUUACCCCACGUGUAAAGGAAUCCGCCAAUCUCCUCUCAACAUUCUGGACGAUGACGUCGUGUUCACGCCCGAAUUGGGCCCCUUCAAGUUCACAGGUUUUGACGGAUCCAGAUCGGUGUUCAAAAUGCACAACAACGGACACACAGCUAGUAUAUCUGUGUCUGACCACAUGAAGGUGGAGGGAGGCGGACUCGAUGGGGAGUACACGACGGCAAACAUCCACUUCCACUGGAGCCAAGACCAGGUGGGCUCGGAACACGCCAUCAACGGGUUCAAAUUUCCUCUCGAGAUGCACAUUGUGAACUAUGCGACGCGAUACGGUAACCUUACCAACGCCAUGCGCUAUAGAGACGGUCUGGCUGUCUUCGCUGUCUUCUUUACCGUUCAGCGGACAUAUAAUCCUUACUUUAGACCAAUCGAAGAAGGAUUGAAACGUUGCAGAUUUCCCGGUAGUUCUGCACAGUUGAGUAAAAUAAACGUAGAAACACUGAUUCCGAGUGCGAGCUCCGAGUUUUAUCGUUACUAUGGCAGCCUGACAACACCUCCUUGUCACCAGAGCGUUAUUUGGACUCUAUUUGACGACGUCCAGGUGUUGUCGGAAUCUCAGAUGAGCGCUCUGCAGAACCUGAUUGAGAGCUACAAUCAGCAACAGCAUCUGUUUCCCAACUCGGUGAACAACGCCACUGCCACGAAACCUGGGUUACAUUUUCCCGCCACCGACCCCGGCAUCACCCAGUACAUCACCGACAACUACAGACAACUACAGCUCACAAACAGCAGGGUCGUCCUCACCAACAUCAAACAGUAUGCGGGAAGAACGGCUUCACCCCGUAGAGUACAACAUACUACAUUUAUCCCACAUGCUUCAGAACCUGGAGCCGAUGCUGUGAACAGUGUACAUGACCAAAAGCCGUUGGAUAGUCCAGUGCCAAGUGCAGGAGUUGAACAUCCGUCCAGUUAUUAUGUCAUAUAUUAUUAAAUAAAAUGUCUAAGAUUGACUAGAUUAAUACCUAAAGAACGGGGAAAUGGCACCAACAGACAACAUCACCGAUUGUGUUUCUGCAUUUGACAUCUCGAUCAUGAUUAAUUUACUAUAAGAGUCUGGGAUUCAGUUCAAAUAUAAGAAUAUAGACUCAAACGUCUGUUGUUUUAAAGUGUCUAGAUAUAUUUGCUAUAAGAGUGUAGAUUCAGUUCAAAUAUAAGUCUGGACUCCAUAGUUUUAGAACGUAUGUUGUCUUAAAGUGUCUAGAAUACGUUUAGUAAGAGUCAGAGUCACAGUUUGUUUUUCUGCAUUUGACAUUCUGAUUGAUGUUGUAUAUGCCAGGAGUUUGGAUUCUGUUUCGAACGUCUCUCAUCUCAAGAGCCUCGAAUACGUUCAGUGAGAGUCACCGAUUGUUUUUUUUCUUCUGAAUUUGACUCCUAUCGCCACAAGAGUAUGGAUUCGGUUCAGACAUAAAAAUAUCGACUGCAUAGUUUUGAAUGACUGUUGUCAUAAAGUCUAGAAUAUGUUUCGUCAGAGUCCAGAAUAUUAUGUUUUAUCUUUUUCAUCUCUUAGGACACUCAGCAGAAUGGACAAUUCAGAGCAGAAACCUACGGUUGAAAGGUUUAAGCAGUACAGACUUGUGAUGCAGUGGCGUAGUGAUACGGGUGCAUUUAUCUCAGGGCGAUGGGUUGACAAGGGUGCCAAAUAAACUUACUUCAUUGGAACGUUUAAAAAAAAACCCAUAGAUACCAUGAUGGUUUUGGUGAAAAGCAGUUAUCGUGUAACAAAAUUCGAGUUAGUGGUGCAUGGAGUUUAGAUUUAUUUUGGCGAGACGUGCCCCAAAGUAUGUUUUCCCCUAGAUGUCAUACAAACUCACUACGCCACUGCUUUUGGUGACAUGGUAUAUGGCUUCAUGUCGGAGGUUUUUACUCUUAAUAUAAAUGAGCUAAAUCGCAAAACAAAUAUAAUAAAUUCACAGAUGAAAAGUGA